CUGGCAUUGACCGUUUUGUCGCGAUUUUCGCAGUCCCUUCCCUGUCCUUCCACUUCAUCUCCACCAACAAUCCUUAUGAAAUGAACUUCCGUUUCAUCGCGGCUGACACGCUACAAAAAAUUAUAAUGCUUGUUGUCCUAGGCCUCUGGGCUAAGUUGAGCAAGAAAGGAAAUUUGGACUGGAUGAUCACGAUUUUCUCUCUUUCGACACUUCCUAAUACACUCGUCAUGGGAAUUCCUCUGUUAAUUGCUAUGUAUGGUGACUACUCAGGUAGUUUGAUGGUUCAAGUAGUAGUUCUACAAUGCAUUGUUUGGUACACAUUGCUACUCUUUUUGUUCGAAUUUCGGGGCGCUAAGAUGCUGAUCAUGGAACAGUUCCCCGAAACGGCUGCUUCCAUCGUCUCAUUUAAAGUUGAUUCAGAUGUUGUUUCAUUAGACGGGCAUGAAUUUUUGGAGACUGAUGCGGAGAUUGGAAAUGAUGGGAAGCUACAUGUUACGGUGAGAAAAUCUAAUUCUUCGAGAAGAGGUUUAGGUUUAGGUUCGAUAUCUGGAAUGACUCCAAGGCCUUCAAAUCUCACUAGAGACGGAGACAAUGAUUUUUACUCGAUGACGAAUUUUGGCCCGGGUGAAGUGUAUUCGGCGCAAUCUUCCAGAGGUCCAUCUCCGAGACCCUCGAAUGUUGAGGAAAAUUGUGCUCUGCCAGUAGCUGCUUCGAGGUUAGGGUUUCAUCCUGCACAGCCAGAAAUUAGCUCAACUGGUAGUAACAAAUUUUAAUUAGUUCAUGUAGUACAAUGAAUACUUAUGCAAGGAGUUCAUAUUUGUUUUCUUGAUCGUGCUCUAGAAAAUGAGGAGUUUAUUGGCGAUACUAUGAGCCUUACCCGUGCUGGUAGAGGCGACGACGAGGAGACAGAAAAGAAGGGGCACACGAGAUCAGUAUCAAGCUCUAGUUCUGGACUCCAUCCUAAAGUCCCUAUGGAACAUGGUAUUGGCACCGAAAAAAUAAUGCCUCCGACAAGCGUUGUCACCCGUUUAAUAUUGAUUAUGGUGUGGCGUAAGCUUAUUCGAAACCCCAAUACUUACUCCAGUCUUAUUGGUCUGAGUUGGGCUCUAGUCUCCUACCGGUGGGAUAUUACGAUGCCAAAAAUAGUGGAUAAGUCCAUCUCGAUCAUAUCUGAUGCUGGUCUUGGAAUGGCUAUGUUUAGCUUAGGUUUGUUCAUGGCCCUUCAGCCCAAGAUAAUUGCUUGUGGUAACUCAGUGGCUACUUAUGCUAUGGCUGUGAGAUUUCUCACAGGCCCUGCGGUGAUGGCAGCAGCUUCCGUCGCUGUUGGCCUUCGCGGUACCCUGCUUCGUGUUGCAAUUGUGCAGGCUGCACUUCCACAAGGGAUUGUUCCAUUCGUGUUUGCGAAAGAAUACAAUGUAUAUCCAGCCAUACUUAGCACCGCGGUUAUCUUCGGAAUGUUAAUAGCGUUACCCAUCACUCUUAUGUACUACAUUAUCCUUCGGUUGUGA